GAACGAUUGUGGUUGUUGUGCCAUUUUUCUUCAGUCUCUCACCGAACAAAACAAAAGGGAGAAGAACUUAAGCUAUUACUGUUAAGCUAUUACUGUCCCUUUCAAUGGCCGAAAUAUUUUUUUUUUUAACAAAUCUAUCAAAAUUAGAGAAGGAUUAGUGAAACUCAGAUCAAUAAACGGCUUUAUUUGAUUGAGUUCAUAAACUCAAUUUAAUUGUUACGUAAUACCAUGAAUUUGAGUAGAUUAGGAUCGGAGUUGGGCAAGGGAGGAGAGAGAGAGAAAAUUCUAUCGAGAGAUGAGAGUAAAAGGGAGACCCGAAACAGACAAAUCAAGACGCUCUGUAAAAUUUUGGACGAACUGAUCUUUGAAAUCCUUUCAAGACUACCCGCCAAAUCAUUGGGAAGAUUCAAAUGUGUUUCAAGAUCGAUGCUUUCUUUAAUCUCAAGCCGUGGAUUCGUGAAAGCCCAUCUCGCAAUAUCAUCAGGACAGAAAGAUUUUGGCCACCACGGUAUGAUCUUUGAAUUACAUCCGCCAGAUGGCCUCUCAUACCUGCAACAAUGUUCUCUAAGCUCUGUAGUAUGUCCAGCCAAUUCCCCUGCUACUACUGAGCUGUCCGACAUUGAUUAUCGAAUGAAAAAUCCACGUAAGUCAUUUUGGGUUUUGGGUUCUUGCAAUGUAUUGGUUUGCAUUUCAACUGGAAAGGGAGUACAAGGGUUUUUGUGGAACCCUUGUACUAAGAGAUGUAAGAAGUUGCCUAAUAUUGAUCUGGAAAGGAAGGGCAGCAGUUCUGAUGGGCUUGGGUUUGGAUAUGAUAAAUCAAAAGAUGAUUACAAGGUUGUCAGGAUGCUUGUCGAGCGUAUUCAACCUCCUGAAUCAAAAGAGGGAGUAAUGUAA